AUGUUUUUCUCAACUUUUCUAAUUUUUUCUAUAUUGAUUUUUGUUGAUGGAAAUGUUAUUAGAGGUUGGAAUUUUUUGCAAUUUUAUCAAAAAACUGAAAAUUUCCAGAAAACAGUGAUAAUAUAUCAUCUGAUUGUGGAUCAAUAGAUUGCCCAUUGGGUCAAAGAUGCGAAUUGGAAUCUUCUGAAGAUUGUGCUGAAAAUUGUAGUCUCAUCGCAAAAUGUGUUUCACAUCAAGGUUUAAAACUUUAGAAAUUUCCUGAUAUAAGUUUCAAAAAUAUUUCAGUUCAAUGUGGUGAAAAUGAAGAAUUGAAAAAAUGUGGAACUCCAUGUGAACCAUCUUGUGAUAUUCCAAUAACAAUUAUUUGUACUGAACAAUGUUUGAUUGAUGUUUGUCAGUGUAAAAAUGGAUUUUAUCGAGAUAAAAGCAGUGGAAAAUGUGUUGAUAAAUGCAAUAGUAAGACUGAAUGAAUCAGUGUUGUACUUUUUUGUAAUUGUUUGUUGUAUGUAGAUUUUUGAACCACGUUUGAUUUUCGGAAAAAUAUCUGAACCCUACCGGGAUCAGUUUUCCAAAAUCCGAUCAAAAAUUCACCAAAUUGUUGUAGAUAACUUUGCAGAUCAAAAUAUAACUCAAGAAAAUAUAAGCGAAGAAGAGCGUGAAAAACUAUGUAUUGAAAAGUGUAGUGAUACUUCUAAUUGUUAUAUUCAAACAGAUUUUGACGAAAAAGACAACCCGAUUCAUAAAGCUGUUUGUGUCAAAGGUUUGUUUUUCGUUUCUUUAUAGUUUUUUUGAUAUUUUCGAUCUCAAAAAUAAUAAAUCUUAAAAGUCUCAAGAGAAAAAACCAUAGAACAACAAUUGUUGUUUCUUUCAAAUAUCUCAACGUUGUCACGUUUCAGUCUCAUCAAAAGGUAAAGGAUCAUUUUCGGUUGAAUCAAUUACUCCAAUUCCACAAUUCAAUCCAAAACUUCUAAUUCAACCAAUUUACGAACGUCCACGUAUGAUUUGCUCAAUAAAAUGUGGCGAAGGAAAACGAUGUGAAAUUGUUGAUUCACCGUGUUAUAAUGAAUCCGAAGAUGAACCUUGUCAAGAGAUUGAUGUUUGUGUUGAUGAUGUUUGA